CUUCUUGCUUUAAAAUAGUAGAAUUUCCUUAACGUUUCGGUUUGAUUUAAGGACGUAAUUUUAUUUUUUAGAAGAUUAAUUUCAUUGGACAAGAGCAACAUAAAUUAAAAUGGGUGAACCGUCAAACGAAUGGACCCGUUUAGUAGAGAAGUUUAAAAAACCAAAACUUGUUUUAUCCGUCAUUGGGGAUUCGGACAGCUUUGUUCCUAGAGCUUGGCCCAAGUCAGUGUUCCAAACGGCGCUGAUAGAGACGCAUAAAAGCAGCGGAGGAGACACAUGGAUAUUGUACGGAAAUAAGAAUGUGGGUGUAUCGAAGAUUGUAAGAGACGCGGCAGACGUUUACACCAUAAUGGAACAGAAUCAGAGAAAAGAUGAAAUAAUACUUAUAGGGACGUCACGUGAUUCUACUGCUAACUGUGUUAAUGAGAAAGGGAAUGAUGUUCUGAAUUUAACCAGGGUACUGCAACUAGAAAAAUUUAUUCAGAAUCAAAGUUCAAUUACAGAGAAAGACAUAGAGGGAUUCGCAUUGUAA